AUCCAAGUGUUGUAGGAAGCAAUUUUUCCCGUAGUGGUCGUUUUAUGGACAAGGAUGUCGAAUGUCUGGCUUUAGGAGCCAGGGUGGAGUAUCGAACAGUGGUGAAUAGCUACAAUGUUGGCUCCGCAUCGUUUUGCUUAAGUCUCUACAGAGAAGUUUCACACUCGUGGGAAUUACGCGCCAAGGUGGAGGUUACCAUCACAGUUGAAGACUACAACUUCGUGAAGAAGGAUGGAGCACGCGGGAGACAAAGGCGAGGCGGUUUCACAGCAUGAAGACUACGAAAGUGAUUUUGAUAAAAGCACCAGAGCAAGGAGAGAGAUAGGGGAGAACCAAAAAUCAACACAGAUAAACUCUGUCAAAAUUUUACAUUUUCUGUGUAACUCCUCCGCGGAGCUCUCCUUCUAGAAAGGAUGUCCAUAAUUGGUAUAAGUAUCCGUAGUCGCGGAGCUCUCCACAGGAAUCUCCAUAAGAGUAGCGGUAACGUAGAUUCCCAAAACUCAAACACGCUCUUUCGAACAUUGUUUGGAGAGGUGUGAACCAAGUAACGGUCAGGUUGGUUAGAAGUCAGUGGUGCAUCAGUUCAAUCAAAUCAACACCGUCGUUUGGCACGCCAGCGGUGGUAUUUGGUUUCCACAACGAAACAAUCAAAUCAACACCGUCCGAAACCAAUUCGGUACCGACGGUGGAUAUUUGAUUUCGUGGGAAACAUGAGAUAACUAUACUGACUACUCCUCCUAUAGCCUUGUCAUAUGACGGUGUUAGAUGAAAACUCAUGGGAGUGACUAACAAUGUACUUUUAAUCCAAGUUCGGUGGUUUAGUUGUAUUAAUAUUGUGUUUAGUGGUAAACAUAAAUUUCUUUGACAAGUUUAGUGACCAACGAUAAAUUUUACCUAUCGGA